UAAUUUAAAGACAUAAUGUCUUUCAGUGUGUUUAUUUUUUGACAUUGUUCUCAGUGCUCUGCUGCACAGACUCUAUACUAACAUGCGUGCUGUGCUGUGACGUUGCAGGUUGAUUUUUAAACAUGAAAAGUUUGAUUUGGAUUAUUCUGGUAACAACUCCAGGUGUCUGGAGUGGAAACUGGGGGGUGACCUUAAAAAAUCAGUGUGCUUUGAAAGGGACAUCAGUAGUUAUAAGCUGCAUGUAUGACUACCCUGACUAUCAUACUGUCCGUUCGGUUGGUUGGUAUAAAGCACAGUAUUUAAAUAGCAUGUGGCAGUUGGUUCCCUUGUCAAACCUCCCUUCUACCCGACAUCGCUUUAAAUAUGUGGGCAACAAGCAGAAUGACUGUGGUCUGCGGAUCAAUAAUGUACAACACACUGAUGAAGGAGCUUACUUCUUUCAUUUUAAGACACAAUACAACCAGUGGACAAGUAAAACAUAUGCUCAAUUGUUCGUAAAAGAGUUGACCACUGUCGUACAGCCGAGCACUGUGACAGAAGGAGGAAAUGUCAGUCUGACCUGUGUGUCAGGCUGUUCAACACCUGUAAAUGUUGUCUGGUUCAGAGAUGAACAAGCUGUAAGAAAUACAGUCUUCCAGGCCAGGAGAGAGGAUGCUGGGAGGUACUCUUGUGCCAUGCUGGGACAACAGACUGUCAGAUCUAAAUCUGUGGCUCUGAAUGUUCAAUAUGCUCCUGCGAAAGUAAAGUUGUCAGUGAGUCCAUCAGGAGAGGCUGUCAAAGGAACUUCAGUGACUUUCAACUGCAGUAGUGAUGCCAACCCACCUGUGACACAAAGUGGAUACAGCUUGUAUAAAGAUGGACACUUUAUCAGUUCAGGACAGAAGCACACCAUCUCUGACAUCCAGCCCAGCCACAGUGGACUGUACUACUGUCAGGCCGGGAAUAAUAUCAGCAGGAGGGGCAUCAACUUCAUUAACUCUACUGAGAUUCACCUUAAUGUCCAGUACAAUCCAGUCAACAUCUCUAUCUCAAUGAACCCACUGCAUGUUGUUGGGGGCCGCAGUGUGAAUCUGACCUGCAGCAGCACCGCUAACCCUCCAGCAAACUACACCUGGUACAAGAGGACAGAUUCUCUCAGCGGAGGGGACAUCCAGGUGGGCUCAGGACAGGUGCUGUCUAUUCCAUCUGUGGAGCAGUCCCAUACUGGACUGUACCUCUGCCAGGCCACGAACCAACUGGGGGGAAACAAUUCAACUGAGCUGCUGCUAGAGAUGAUGAAAGGAUGGAAGGAGGAACAUGGCAUCCAGUUCCUCCCAGUAAUAGCUGGAAUCGGAGUCUUUCUUUUCGUGGCACUUGUGUUAGCAGUUGUUUUGUUCUGGAGGAAACGCAGAGCCCAUGCAGAGAGAAAACAGCCUCACAUCGGGCUCAGUGGGAGAGGCUCAAGCUCUUCAGGCACUGAAGAUCAACCCAACACUGUUUAUGCCAACAUCCACGCACUGCCAUCCUCUCUUCCAGCUGUUACUGACAUCUCUCCUCAUGCACAGAAGAGUUCACACCCUGAAUAUGAUGCCCCCACAGCUCACGAAGAUGAGGUGACCUACUCGACAGUGACCAUCACACCCAAAAAGCCCAGUCGCUCACGUCACAUAAACAGUAGAGCCCUACAGGACCCCCAGUCCAAAUCAGGAGAGAAUGACGAGUUUGUGAUCUACGCUACAGUGGCCAAAUCCAGCUGAGUGUGAAGGAAACCUUUCACUCCUUUUGAGUGCAGUUUUAUCAUCAUCAACAUCAUCAUAGAGAAAGUAACAGCAUGCUAGUUAAAGUAGUUAUGAAAAGUUCAAUGUUCAGUUUCUCAGGAGGGUUGAAUUUAGAUCUUUCAACAGGUGCAAUAUUCUUAAAAACAAUUGUUUAAAAUGUUGUUUUUUUUGUUAUUCUUAUUUAUUAUAUUAAUUAUAAUA